AUGAAAGGAAUUCAAGUCAAGGAAUAUGUUCAGGGUCCUCAAGACCUCAAGGUCACAGACCUACCCAACCCGACUCCUAAACCGAACCAAUAUCUGAUCGCUGUCCAUGCUGCUGCCACCAACUUCUUCGACUUGCUUCAGAUCCGAGGCAAGUAUCAACACCAACCUCCUCUACCAUGGGUGUCCGGUGCCGAGUUCUCUGGCAUUGUUCUCAAAGUCCCACAAUCAUUGCCAGGAGGAAAGAAGCCUACAUUCAAAGAGGGAGAUAAAGUCUUUGGUGCAUCUCAAGGUGCUUAUGCCACCAAGGUCUGUGCCACCGAGGCGCAAUUGAGGCCAAUGCCCAAGGGCUGGAGCUAUUUUGAGAGUGCUGGUCUGAUGGUUACUGCUCCUACCAGUUAUGCAGGACUGGUGACAAGAGCUGGCAUCAAGAAGGGUGACUGGGUCUUGGUUCAUGCUGCUGCUGGAGGAGUCGGUCUUGCCGCAGUUCAGAUUGCGAAAGCCUUUGGAGCAACAGUAGUUGCUACAGCUGGUACAAAGCACAAACUUGAUGUUGCCAAGUCGUUCGGUGCAGACCAUCUGGUCGACUACAGAGUAAAGGAUUGGCCCGAUAAGGUCAAGAAACUGACCCCUAAGGGUCGUGGUGUCGACAUUGUCUAUGAUCCUGUUGGACUGAUUGCCCAAAGCAUGAAGUGCACAGCUUGGAACGGACGACUGUUGGUCAUUGGCUUUGCAGCAGGCGACAUAGAGAAAAUGGCCACCAACAGAAUCCUGUUGAAGAACGUCAGUGUCAUGGGUCUGCACUGGGGCGCUUAUGCUACCAACGAGCCAGAGAUGAUCGAGGUAGUUUGGAAGAGUUUGUUCGACUUGAUGGAGAGUGGCAAGUUCCGUGGAACUUGCUAUACAGACAAGGAGUUUGUUGGACUCGAGACGAUCCCCGAGGCGCUGAAAGCACUUGGAGCGCGCGACACUUGGGGGAAGGUGGUUGUCAAGUCAAACGCAAACUUCCAUCCCAAGUCGCUCCUUCCGCUUGAAGUUGAGGAAGCACCCCACCUCAAAACUCUGCGCGUCUCCCGUCUUCCUCUCAUGUCUCAUGUCGACUCCUCACUACCUCUGAAAUAUUUGAUUCGUUUCUUUGAGAAAAACAUGGCGUCCCAAGGAAAUCACGAACGCAUUCUGGCUGAUGACCAGCGCCGUAGCUUUGGCUAUCGCUUGCUCCUCGAAGAGCAGCAGCGCCGUCUCGAAACUCGCAAGAGGCUCAUGGCGUCGUACCGUACUCCAAUCUGUCCCUACUCUACUGUCUCUGGUCACUCGGACUGCUGGUUUUGUCUCGAGAACGGCCUUGUCCAGCCAUCCAACGCAACCGACACUCUCUUGAGAAGCUUGACUCGCCCUCAAUUCCAGGCAGAAACCCCUUAUCUUCCAUCUUCGGCCUCGACGGAUGACACCAUCAACCACCUCACCCAGCUCAUCACGCCUAGAUCGACCGCUUCGACCAUCCCUCUUAUCGACGAUGGUCCGUACAACCAGGACCCAUACCGCAAGCUUAUCUCCAGCAAGCCUCGCAUGCCUACUCUUACCCCGACCAAAGCUGCUGUUACUGCUACUGCACUCUCGGUGCUCACUCAGCCGAAGUCUGCUCCCAAGCGUCCCUGGGGAGACCUUCCUGUCGAAAAAGGCUUCGUCCCUGUCCGUAUCCCACCAACUUUCUUACGUUUCUUGUCUCUUCCUACCGAGAUUCGCCAGCAGAUCUACGUCUACCUUGUCCACAAUGGAGCUCACGGUCUUCUCAUCCCAAAAGACUUGAAGGCUUACCACCAAGCCCCUAUCACUCGCGUCAAUCGUCAAAUUCGCAGCGAGUCUAUCGAUCUGGUCUACACAGAGAAUGCGUACAACGCUAAGACUCGUGAACUCAUCAAAUUUGGUCCCUCCUUCACACUUCUUGUUGGAGGUGCCCGUUUGAAGCUCAUUCGCAAUUUUGCGUGGUUCACAGCAAAACGCCGCCUGUACAUCAACUUCACUCCUUGUGGCAACGGUUACCAGUACCAGAUUACUUACGAUGGUCCUAAGGGCAACGAUGAGGUAGGCGCAGUUGCUCAAGAGAGAGCCUACGAAGUCUGGGAAUACCUAAAGAAGCAGGAAGGCCGUGUUGAUGGCUUAACAGCUGAGCAUCUGCGCAAGAUCGACGAAAUCGUCCUGCGUAUCACUCCCAGAGCAAAGACGAAGGUGGACGGAGAGUCUACCCAGUAA